AAAGCUAUAAAUACACCCCCGCCACCACGCGACACUCGAACGUUCAUAUAACUGGGUUGGAUUGUCCUGGCGACCGAGGGGCCACAGAUAUAUAACGUUAGCUGUAGACUACUACAUACACCAGUGUCGUACCCAUCAUCGUCAUGGGAGCCGGUUGUUGUCGAGCGUCCGACCUGGUUCAGCCAUUGGCCAAGAAUGCCGCCGCCACGUGGAACUGUACCGACCCGACCAACAUGUCGCCGUGUCCGUUUGUAAACGCGCUGGCAAACCACAACCUCCUGCCUCGCAGUGGCAUCUCGAGUGACGACAUCAAGGCCGCGCUUGCCACGAUGGAAUGCGACGCGACGAUCCAGACAGUGUUCUCAGGCUCCACCGCCAUGAAGGUCGGGUCCACCGUGCACGGCAAGCAGCAGUUGACCCUGGCGCAGCUAAGCUACCACAAUAGCAUUGAGCACGACGCGUCGCUCACUCGACAGGACGCCAACGUGGGCAGUCACGUGCAAUUGGACAUGGCGUUGCUCGGGCAGUUGCUCAGCAUGUCCACCGACGGCGUGUACAUCACAAAGACCCAACUCGCCAAGUACCGGGCGCUGCGGGAAGCCCACAGCCGGACGUACAACCCAGCGUUUACAUUUGGGCCGCGCCAACAGUUCUUGGCAUACGGCGAGGCGGCGCUGCUGGUGCUAGCAUUGCGGGAUUCCACAGGGCAUGUUCGAGUCGACUGGCUACGGAUGGUCCUCGAGCAAGAGAAGCUUCCGUUCGACCUGAAAUGGAGGACGCGACCGAUAUGCAUCGCGGAUGUCCUCGGCCUCGCCGGGGAAUUGCGCGGUGAAGCGUUCGAGUGGGGCGUGCUGGAGCAGUUCUACUGAAAUAUGCGGUGAUGUACAGUACAAUCAAUACAGUAGUAGUAGGUAGGAAGUUGUAGGUUAACAUUAUUGUAGUAAGGUUGGGCACACGUUCAUAUGUGCAUGCAAUCAGUCGCAUAUUCGUG